AUGCCAUUCUUUUGGAGAACAGAUGCUGUUCUUGCUACCCGAAGCUGGGCAUUAAUUGUCUGUGCUAUAGAAUGUGCUUUUGGUUUAAUUUGUCUGUUGGUCAAUUUACUACAUUUUGGCCUUUACUUACCUAGACAUUCACCUUCCUCAUCUUCUGUAGUUUUCCCCUCUACAGUUUUAUUUAUUUUUGCUAUAUUUAGAAGUAAUUCUCAAUUAUUACGUAUUCAAUUAAUAUUUCAAUAUGUUACUUGUGUUUUUUUACUUUUAAAUGCUUCUUUUAGUUUAGCUGCAGAUUUUGGUGGCUAUGACGAGGAGAGGAUUUAUGCAAAAAGAGACCCUCUUUUAAUUCGCUUUUUGGGAUUUCUUUCACUUGGAUUUUUGUUUGUCCAACUUUAUUUACGUUUAAUGACAAUACCCGUAUAUAAAUUUUUGAGAGAUUUAAGAAAGUUUCGUUAUGCAAUUUAUGCAUCAAAAUGGAGAUAUCGAAAACGUGUUUAUUUUACUUAUUGUUCUCUAAUGAUGGAUAAUUUGCUUGCCGAAAGUAAAAAACAGAAGAAGAAAAAGCACGUAGACGGUGAUGAUCAAACUUUGCUAACGUCAGAUGAAAACAGUAGUAGUGGGACACUUUUAAAUGUAGUUGUACCUACAUUAACUGGACCAGCAAUAAAAGAAUCAAAAAAGAAAGAGAAAGAAGAAAAAUCAGAAGAAUCAAAAGAAUCAAAUUUAUCCCAAGAAAAAGAAGAAAUUAUUAUGGAGAAUGGAGGGCUGGAAACUAAAAAAGAGAAAGAUGAUGAUGAAUUAUCUUGGCUUGUGCCUGAAACGAAGGCUCAAAGAAGAGAGGCAAAUUAA